AUGGGACAACACUUUUUGUUCCAUCGUGAUCUCGUAUCUGCCACUGCCAUCCAUCACGCUGUAAAUGCUCGUCUUACGAAUGAUUUUCAAUCCGAUUUAGUCCUUCUUGGUCCUCAAUGGCUUCGUAUCUAUCGUCUGGAGCCCUUUCCAAGCUCUUUUACUUCUGUAGAGCCUACAAAAGGUCAAAUUUUACAUUUACAAGCUUCUUUUUCCUUAGCAGGUAUUGCAGAGAGUGUUUAUGUGCUGAGAUUUGACAGGAGUUUAUUAAGGAAGAAACACCGGUUCUAUGGAGGUCAAGACGUGCUGUUACUUAGUUUUCCUCUGUUUAAAUGGGUCAUUAUUGGCUACGACCGACGUGCCCAUAAUUUAGUGACUCUAGCCAUGUAUUCCUUUCAAGAGGAUGCUAUUGGACCAGGAGCGACUUUAAAAGGAGAGAAAAAUGGACAAGAACAAGUAUUAGGACUUGGUACUCAAGCAGUAGCACGAGUCGACCCACAGACAAGAUGUGGUGCUAUGCUCGUGUAUUCCGAUCAAUUGGUGAUUGUGCCAUUCCGGAAUUCAGAAGAAGAAGAAGAUGAUGAAGAAGAAAAGAAAUUGGAAGAAUUGGUGAAGGAGAGUAAACAUAAAGGAGUGACAAGUGAUAUGAGUAACACACUGAAUGCAUUACUUGAUAAGAGUGUGAAGCUUGGAGCGAAGCGGAAACGCAAUCAUACGAGUGGACUCAUGCCAAAUGAUAUUACUGGAAGAGAAUUUCUACUACGGCUACGAGAGCUGGAGAUUACAGGAAAAGUUAUUGAUUUGGCAUUUCUUGACGGAUACUUGGAACCGACGUUGAUGGUAUUGCACGAGGAAAAUGAAAGAAACUCGACGUUUGGAAGACUGGCUGUCGGGUUUGACACGUACUGCCUUACCGUCAUGUCAAUUGACGUGAACACAAGACUUCACCCGAAGAUUUGGACGGUAAAAAACCUUCCGUCGGACUGCUUCCGCUUGAUUCCGUGCCGUGCACCGCUUGGCGGCGUGGUGGUCUUAUCAGCUAAUGCAUUUCUCUAUUUCAAUCAGACGCAGUUCCACGGCCUUGCUACAAACGUUUUUGCUAGCAAGACGGUAAACCAGUCAGUCUUGCCUCUUAGCGACGCAAUGUACGAGACCCCAGAUGGCAACACUGCACAGCUCAACAUUGUACUCUACGACUGUAAAUACGAGUACCUGCACGAGAAAGAGCUGCUUAUAACUAUGCCGAGUGGAGAGCUGUAUGCGCUCUCUUUGCCGUACGAGGAAACGUCAAGCCGUGGCCUAAGCGGUUUCGGUGGUGCGUCGUCUAGUCGGAAUGCGUCACUGUCAUUGCGAAUGCUUCAAUCUGGCAUUGUAGCACAUUGCUUGUGCUUGAACGACGAGAACAAAACUUUGUUUGUGGGCUCAAGGUCAGGCGACUCGGUGCUAUACGCUUUGGAUCGAAAGAAACUGGCUAGCGCCGAGGAUGAAAAACUAAAAGAACUAAAAGAUGAGGACAUGCCAAUGAAAGAGGAGACAUGUAUGGAAGAAGCGGAUCUUUUGGUCAAAUCUGAGCCAGCUGAAGAGGAAGAGGAAGAUGAGGACGAUCUGUUUUUGUAUGGGACAGCUUCAAUAAAGGAAGAUCCAGCGACAGCAAUGGACCCAACAGAGCUUUCAAACGGAGCAAAUGAAUCUAGGAAGGAGGCUAAUGAUGUUUUCUCAGAAGAAGUCUGUGGUUCAUAUGGUUAUGAACUCCGGCAAAUUGAUGUUUUACCAGGCAUCGGACAGAUCACGUCGAUUGAGCUUGGCGUUGGAAGCAGCGCAGACUCGAAUGAAAAACGGGAGGAACUUGUCAUUAGUGGUGGAUUUGAGCGCAACGGCGCUAUCUCAGUGCUGCACAACGGGUUACGCCCAAUUGUUGGAACCGAGGCAGAACUGAGCGGCUGCCGAGCAAUGUGGACGGUAUCGUCUUCACUGCCUUCUGCGACAAAAGGUUCCGAUGGGCAGAGCUAUAACGCGUACCUCAUCCUGAGUGUUGCUCACAGAACGAUGGUACUCCGAACAGGCGAAGGCAUGGAGCCGUUGGAGGACGACAGUGGUUUUUACACGUCUGGUCCAACGCUUGCUGCAGCAAACCUGUUCAACAAGCAGCGUAUUGUUCAAAUAUUUAAGCAGGGGGCUCGCGUGAUGAUGGAAGUGCCCGAAGAGGAAGCAUCAAAUGACCAAGAGAAGACAGAAAUGACCAUUAGUGCCGAUGAAGCAGUAGAAGAAGAUGAUGAAGACGAAGGUCCGAGGGUCAAGCUGGUUUGCACGCAGGAAAUCACUUUAGAAGGAGAUGUUGAAUGCGGAGGAAUGAACGUCGACACAUCGAGAGUUGGAAUCGUGUCUGUGAACGUUAUUGACCCGUACAUUCUGUUACUUCUAACUGAUGGUUCGGUUCGCCUACUCAUGGGAGAUGAAGAAGACUUAGAGUUGACGGUGAUUGACCCAGAGAUUGAUUAUCUUGAUGGUAUUGUCGACUCGAAUGAAGCCGCGGACACAUUAAAGCAUGGUAGCAGUUCAGCGUGUCUCUUUUACGACUGGGCUGGCAUGUUUCGUGAAAACGCGUGGGGGGAGGAUGAGCGUGAAGAGAGAAGCGAGUCUGCUGCGAAUGAAAUUAAGAAAGAAAACGCGGACAAAGACGAUGACAUGGACGCAUUGUACAAUACGAAACUAAGUCCAAGAGCGACUUUGUCUGAUCGCAAUAGCAAAGCAAAGUUGGUGCCGAUUCAAGCUUUUCAGAAGAACGUUGAUGGUUCCGUGUCGAUCCCGCUGCUAAAGCAAAAGGAUGCGAAGAUGAUGUGUGGCAUGUGCUUUGGCGAUGGUUCUCUUCAUGUCUUUUCCCUCCCAGACUUCAAGAAGAGAGGUGUGUUCCCAUACCUUACAUUUGCACCACAGUCCCUCGUGAAUACGCUAGAGCACUAUCAGGUCAGCAAAAAGAAAAGAGUGAAAUUUUCUGCUCCAAUCCUUGGCCUCAACGCAUCGACAUCUUCAGCAAACGACGGCCGUAUCAAGAAGUCGCACACCAUUAAUUCGCCAGUAGCUGACAUCAUCAUUCAACGCGUUGGCCCGAGCGAAGGUCAACACAACGCACAAUAUCUCUCUCGAAUGGUAAUGCUGGUGUUCCUAGCAAACGGCGACUUGCUAAUGUACUCGACGAUACCUAAGACUGAGGGUAUAAGGUUGCGAGUGGAAAAAGACGAAACCGCCCCUGUGUUUCAAUUCGUUCGUGUAGGAACUGAUCUCAUCACGCGACCAUUUCUUCCUUUACGAGCCCGCACGAAUGCUCAUAACGAGUCUGGUAACAACCCAGAGGUGAACACCAGCGCAGUGCUGGCUAAGCUCCGCGCCGGGUUUCGGUAUCCUAUGCUGACAAGUUUUGCUAACGUAAACAACAUGAGUGGCGCGUUCUUUCGUGGUGCCCAUCCCAUGUGGAUUGUGGGUGAUCGUGGACAACCAACUUUUGUCCCGAUGUGUGUCGCUGGAUCAGCCCCGCCAGCUCCACGAGCAAAUGGUGCCUCUAACAAAAAUGCGACUCCCAGAGUGAGCGUGCCAGUUUUGAGUUUUACUCCAUUCCAUCACUGGAAUUGUCCUAAUGGGUUUAUUUACUUCCAUUCGCGCGGUGCGUUGCGUGUGUGCGAACUCCCUUCAAGUAGGACUUCAACGAUUCUCCCGUCGAGUGGUGGAUUUGUGCUUCAGAAGGCAGAAUUUGGUACUACCUUGCACCACAUGUUGUAUCUGGGAAACCGUGGCCCUGGUGGUGUCGCAGAGGCCCUUGAAGCGCCCACAUAUGCUGUUGUUUGCAGUAUAAAAAUGAAGCCAGCUGAUGCAGAACGAGCCACAGAAGUUGAGGGUAUAGAGGAAGAGCAAGAGCCUGAGAACUUGGACGCAAAUGGGAAUCCUCUUGGAAGCAACGUAAUGGCACCGACAGCAGAAAUGUUCCCAGAUUAUGAGAUUGAUAAAAUGGCACUGACAGAGGAGGAUGUGUACGAGCUUCGUUUGGUGCAGACCGACGAAUUUGGCGAGUGGGGACGCCGUGGGGUAUUCCGUGUGCACUUUGAGCGGUAUGAGGUGGUGUUGAGUGUGAAGCUCAUGUAUCUAUAUGACUCGUCACUAAUGAGGGAGGAAGUAUAUUCUACUUCGCCAGAAUGGAACAAGAAAAAGAGACCGUACUUGGUGAUUGGCACGGGUUGGGUUAGUCCGCACGGUGAAGACGAGAGUGGGCGCGGUCGGCUGCUUCUUUAUGAACUUGAUUACGCUCAGUACGUCAACGAAGAAGGCGGCGCCACGAGCGUAAAGCUACCGAAGUUGCGGCUAGUGUUUAUGAAGGAACAUCGACAGGGAGCCAUUUCGAUGGUAUCGCAGCUUGGACCGUAUGUGUUGGCGGCCGUUGGAUCAAAGCUCAUUGUGUACGAAUUCAAGUCCGAACAACUUAUUGGGUGUGCGUUCUACGACGCACAAAUGUUUAUUGUGACGCUGAAUGUCGUGAAGGACUUUAUCAUGUACGGUGAUGUUUACAAAAGUGUACAUUUCUUACGAUGGAGGGAGAACCAACGCCAGUUGAUGCUGCUGGCGAAAGACUACGAGCCAUUGGCUGUAUCUGCCACCGAAUUCAGCGUGUUCGAAAAGAAGCUAGCGCUGUUGGCAGUGGACAUGGACGAGAAUCUGCACGUCAUGCAAUUUGCACCGCAGGAUAUCGAAUCCCGUGGUGGUCAGCGACUUCUACGUGUUAGUGAUUUCCAUCUAGGUGUGCAGGUCGCGAGCAUUUUUCGUAAACGAGUGGACGCUCUUAGCUCUAUUGUGCCUGCUACAAAAGGCCGCGCAAUAACACCGCCUUCAUGCUACGUCAACGUCAUGGGUAACUCCGAAGGUGGCGUUGGCGCUCUGAUUCCUGUUAGUGAGCGCGUUUUCCGCCGUCUUUUCACGCUGCAGAACGUGAUGGUAAACACACUACCCCAAAACUGUGCGUUGAAUCCGCGUGAGUUUCGCAUGCUCAAAACCAAUGCGCAGCGACGGUGUGGAAGACCUGAUGCAUGGAGCAAGAAGAAGUGGAAGAAGAGUUUCCUGGACGCAUUCGUGCUAUUCCGCUUUUUAUUGCUUGACUACGUGGCCCAAAAAGAGCUAGCACGAUGCAUUGGCACCACACCCGAGGUUGUCAUCCACAACCUGCUAGAAGUUCAGCACGCUACAGCAACUUUCCUGUGA